AUGUUCAUCACUGAAUAAAAGGAUGGAUAUCCGGACAGCAGAGAAAAUAAUUCUACUUAUUUUUCUGUUGAAAGGUGUUUGCUGUAGAGAUUUCAGCAUCAGUCUGACAGAGAAGAUUGAAGCUCUCAGUGGAUCAUGUGUGAUCAUAAAGUGCACAUUUGAGAUUGAGGAUGAAUAUGACAAAUACCUCACUGAGAGUAAUGCUACAGGAUUGUGGCUUAAAGAUGGAUUUAAUGUGAAUAACCAUCAAGUGUUUAACUCCAGAGAUCCCAAACCUGAUCACUUUAAAGGGAAAAUAACUGGAAAACUACAUGAGAAGAACUGCACCACUAUCUUUUAUGAUGUUAGUUCAAAUCAUAAUGGUAAAUAUUACUUCAGGAUUGAGAGUGGUGCUCUGAAAUACACCUACUCUGAAAGAGAAAACAUCUCCACUAUAAAUGUCAUUGAGUCUCCCCCCAAACCCACAGUGAAGCUGUAUGUGGUUCAGGAUCAGGAGGAGGUGUUGGAGGGGAGCUCUGUGAGUCUGCGCUGCUCUGCUGAGACUCUCUGCUCCUCUCCUCCACCAACUCUCACAUGGAGCUCCACUCCCAGAAUCCCCCUCAGUGAGAGCAGCAGACAACAGGAGCUCAUCUCUGAUCUGAACUUCACUGCUGCUCACCGUCACCACAGAGUCACUUUCACCUGCACUAUAACCUACCAGAUACUGGACAAGAACAAAACAGCACAGGACAGCAUCACAUUACAUGUCCAGUAUGCUCCUCAAAUCUCCACUUCCUCCAGCUGUGUCAGUGGGGAUGUAACUGAGUGUUUCUGUGAGGUUGAUGGGAAUCCCUCUCCUGAACUGGAGUGGCAUCUGUCUGGACGUCCUGUCACUAACUCUUCAGACACGUUCAUCAGUGAAGAGCGAUUGAGCAGCACAGUCUUGAGGAGCUCCAUCACUCUACAUCAGUCACUCACACACACAUCUCUGCAGUGUGUCGGCAGCAACACUCAUGGCACUGCAAGAAAACUGUUUCAACUGAAUCUCUCUCCUUUGCAGUGUACAGAUUAUAAACAGGUUACAGUUUCCCUCCUGAUCAUAUUAAUGCUGAUUCUGGUUUUGUACGCUCUGACUGUUGGACUUGGAAUCUACAAAAUUAGACAAUUGUCCACCAAGCUGAAGGCUCAGAAUGAGGCAGCAGACACAUAUGCUUCUCUUCAGCUCUCUGCUCCACCCUCUGAAUAUGAAACUUUGAACAUUAAGAGAGAUGACACACGUGUUUGCUGUAGAGAUUUCAGCAUCAGUCUGCCGGAGAAGAUUGAAGCUCUCAGUGGAUCAUGUGUGAUCAUAAAGUGCACAUUUGAGAUUGAGGCCAAAUAUGACACAAACCUCACUGAGAGUGAUGCUACAGGAUUGUGGCUCAAAGAUGAAACUGAUGUGAAUAUCAAUCUAGUGUUUAACUCCAGAGAUCCCAAACAUAAUCCCUUUAAAGGGAAAAUAACUGGAAAACUACAUGAGAAGAACUGCACCACUGUCUUUUAUAAUGUUAGUUCAAAUCAUAAUGGUAAAUAUUACUUCAGGAUUGAGAGUGGUGCUCUGAAAUACACCUACACUGAAAAAAACAAAAAAAAAUUCUCCACUAUAAAUGUCAUUGAGUCUCCUCCCAAACGAACAGUGAAGCUGUAUGUGGAGCAGAAGGAGGUUCAGGAUCAGGAGGAGGUGUUGGAGGGGAGCUCUGUGAGUCUGCGCUGCUCUGCUGAGACUCUCUGCUCCUCUCCUCCACCAACUCUCACAUGGAGCUCCACUCCCAGAAUCCCCCUCAAUGAGAGCAGCAGACAACAGGAGCUCAUCUCUGAUCUGAACUUCACUGCUGCUCACCGUCACCACAGAGUCACUUUCACCUGCACUAUAACCUACCAGAUACUGGACAAGAACAAAACAGCACAGGACAGCAUCACAUUACAUGUUCAGUAUGCCCCUAAAAUCUCUCCCUCCUCCAGUUGUAACAGAACUGAUGUAACUGAGUGUUUCUGUGAGGUUGAUGGGAAUCCCUCUCCUGAACUGGAGUGGCAUCUGUCUGGACGUCCUGUCACUAACUCUUCAGACACGUUCAUUAGUGAAGAGCGAUUGAGCAGCACAGUCUUGAGGAGCUCCAUCACUCUACAUCAGUCACUCACACACACAUCUCUGCAGUGUGUCGGCAACAACACUCAUGGCACUGAAAGAAAACUGUUUCAAUUGCUUCCCUCUGUUUCACGAGCGUUUGUUAAUGAAGAGAUGAACACUGUAGAGAAAACGAUUCUUUUCUCUUUUCUGCUACAAGGUGUUUGCUGUAGAGAUUUCAGCAUCAGUCUGCCGGAGAAGAUUGAAGCUCUCAGUGGAUCAUGUGUGAUCAUAAAGUGCACAUUUGAGAUUGAGGCCAAAUAUGACACAAACCUCACUGAGAGUAAUGCUACAGGAUUGUGGCUCAAAGAUGAAACUGAUGUGAAUAUCAAUCUAGUGUUUAACUCCAGAGAUCCCAAACAUAAUCCCUUUAAAGGGAAAAUAACUGGAAAACUACAUGAGAAGAACUGCACCACUGUCUUUUAUAAUGUUAGUUCAAAUCAUAAUGGUAAAUAUUACUUCAGGAUUGAGAGUGGUGCUCUGAAAUACACCUACACUGAAAAAAACAAAAAAAAAUUCUCCACUAUAAAUGUAAUUGAGUCUCCUCCCAAACGAACAGUGAAGCUGUAUGUGGAGCAGAAGGAGGUUCAGGAUCAGGAGGAGGUGUUGGAGGGGAGCUCUGUGAGUCUGCGCUGCUCUGCUGAGACUCUCUGCUCCUCUCCUCCACCAACUCUCACAUGGAGCUCCACUCCCAGAAUCCCCCUCAAUGAGAGCAGCAGACAACAGGAGCUCAUCUCUGAUCUGAACUUCACUGCUGCUCACCGUCACCACAGAGUCACUUUCACCUGCACUAUAACCUACCAGAUACUGGACAAGAACAAAACAGCACAGGACAACAUCACAUUACAUGUUCAGUAUGCCCCUAAAAUCUCUUCCUCCUCCAGUUGUAACAGAACUGAUGUAACUGAGUGUUUCUGUGAGGUUGAUGGGAAUCCCUCUCCUGAACUGGAGUGGCAUCUGUCUGGACGUCCUGUCACUAACUCUUCAGACACGUUCAUCAGUGAAGAGCGAUUGAGCAGCACAGUCUUGAGGAGCUCCAUCACUCUACAUCAGUCACUCACACACACAUCUCUGCAGUGUGUCGGCAACAACACUCAUGGCACUGAAAGAAAGCUGUUUCAACUGCUUCCCCCUGUUUCACGUUCGAAUCAUUCCUCUGUGAUGAUUGGAGUUGCUGUUGCAGCUGUGCUGGUCAUUAUGUUCUGUGUCAUUACAUGGAUCUGUGUACGAAAAAAGAGUAUGAAACUUCAGCAGACUAGAAGAGAAGAUGCUACAAGAAGCAUUUCGACCAGUGAUGCCAUUCCAUGCGAGAAUGAAGAGGAGUCUGUUUAUGCCAAUAAUGUCAUGAUGUCUUCUGCUGGAACUGCUACAGAAAAUCCAGAAUCACUCAUUUAUUCCUCCAUUGAUUUAAAAAACGUUACACCAGAGUCACAAGAGUUCGGGAACAUCUCUUCACUUCAUGCCGAAUAUGCUGUGGUCAAACAUUGUUCUGGAGGAGUGUCAAAGGCAGAGAGCUCAACGGGAGAGUCUUCAAGAGCGAUAGAGGCACCGGUGAUUGUGAGUGCAGAUGGAGUUACUAAACAAACAGAGUCAAAGGAUUCAGAGGAAGAGCUGGUUACUGACUCCUCUCAGCUUUAUGCAAGGGUUAAACGUCGCAACCCAUAGGAAACUUCAGCAGGGGUGUUUUUUGAAUAGUAAAACGAUUGUAUUUGCUUUUGGAUAGUACAAAGAUGGUAUUCCAGUGGUAUAUACAAGUAGUAAUCAAUCAGUAUCAAGACAUAACCAUGGUACUGGUGCCACCAAGCACCAAAAGAGCUUUUUUUCUUGUCUCAUUUGUUGUUUUAUACAUCAUAAUGGACUCUUUUUUUCUUGGCAGAAUUUUGAAUACAUGUAAGAUUAGGUUUUUAAUAAUUAAUAAUUAAUAAUUAAUAAUUUCAACUCCAAUUAGUAUUCAUGCCUCACAUUAUUUAUUUACCUGGCUGACUUUAUCCUUUACAUAUUGCUGUGUAUUCUCUUUCUGUUUCUACAGGCAAACAUUGUAAAUAUUC